AUGAGUACUCAAGUAUUAAUCAAGAAUUUAUUCUCCAUCAACAAAAAUAUAUCAACUUUAAAAUAUGCAUUGAGCAAUAACAUAUAUAAACAAAAUCAAUUCACUUCUUUAAAAAAGACAACAGAACGUGAUAGCAAGAGAAUCGAUCAAAUAAUGGAAGUCUCUAAUGUUAACCUUGUAAGUUUAAUCUAUCUAAAACCAAAAUUUAUACAUAUACAUUUAUUAACCUAUUGUAAUCUAUCACUAUACCACAUUUAUAGGCCAUUAUUAUUAAAAAAACAUAUCUCGGAUCAUUAA